ACAAUUCCGGGCGAAUCAUUUUCGACAGAAAGAGUAUGGAUCGUGACAACACAGUGAAAAGAAAAACGAAUCCAAGAGUAACGGCAAAUAUUUUCACAUUGGUGACGUUUUUAUACACUCUAAAAACAUACAUAAAAGGAUUUACCAAAGGUCUAGAAAUCAACGAUGUAUAUGAUGUGUUACCCGACGCUCAUUCAGGAAAAUUGUGUCAAAAAUUGGACCACUAUUGGGAAAAAGAAAAAAAGACGAAGGACUCUCCAUCUAUAUGUCGCGCUGUGUUCUUUUGUUUUGGAAGAACGUUCCUUCUCGUAGGAAUUAUUCAGUUCGUGGCUGAAACCUUUAACACGAUUUGGUCACCCGAAGCUCUCUCUAAACUCAUUUCUUACUUCAAUCCUGGCCAAACUAAUCUGACCAAGGAAGAUGCUAUUUAUUAUGCCUGUUUGGUUAUAGGAAUCAACUUAACAAUGUCUAUAGUGAGAUCUAAUUUUGACAUUAUUUUGGCAGCUCUUUCACUGAAAGCAAGGGCCGCAAUUGCUUCACUGCUUUACAGAAAAUCGCUGAAAGUGAGUUCUGAGUCACUGUCGGAUGUCACGGCAGGGAAAAUCGUGACUAUCUUGUCGAAAGAUACCGACAUUUUAGAAACGUUCUUUUCUUCAGGAAAUGGGAUUUGGAUAGCUAUGAUACAGACUUGUGUCAUCUGCUACUUAAUCUAUCAAAAAAUAGGAUUGGCGUCUUUUGCUGGAAUAACGUUUUUCCUGGUGGUCUUCCCCCUUCAAGUGUAUAUCGGAACUUUGACAUAUAGUUACAAACUGAAAUGCAGCCAAAAGACAGACGAGCGUUUGAACCUAAUUCGUGAAGUUCUCUCAGCAAUUAAAAUCAUCAAAAUGUACACCUGGGAAAAAUUUUUCGAAGACAAAAUCAGCGAUGCCAGAAAAAAAGAACUGAGGAAACUGCACAAGUUGUUCUACACCAGAGUUUGGAUAAGCAUAAUUGGUAAUCUUGCCUCAAAAACCGCGUUCUUCCUCUUCGUGAUGACUUACGUAUGGACGGGUCAAAAUGUGUCCGCUGAAACCGUGUACUACAUUUUGAGUUGCUUCAACGACUUACAAGGUUCACUUAGUGACCAAAUUCCGUUCGGAUUUUCACAGUUUGCUCAACUGUUUGCAAUAGCUACGAGAAUUGAAAGUGUAAUGAAAGCACCAGAAUUACCAACAAAAAAGACAAUCACAGAUUCAAAGCAAGCAAAAGUUUGUUUUAACGAUGUAGACGUCACCAUUCAUGAUACUAAAGUUUUGGAAAACAUAUCGUUGGAUAUUAGUGACGGUCUUAACGUCGUUGUUGGUCACACUGGUAGCGGAAAAACCACACUUUUGAAAACAAUUUUGGGAGAGUGUCAAACUACAGGAAAGAUUGACGUUUGUGGAAAAAUUUCUUACGCGUCACAAGAACCUUGGCUCUUUCCUUCCACCAUCAAAAAUAACAUCCUGUUUGGAGAAGAAUUCAACCAAAACCGCUAUCACCAAAUUCUCGAAAUUUGUAGUCUAGAUUACGACUUAGAUUUACUGCCUGAAGGUGAAAACACAGUUGUGGGAGAAAGUGGUAUCAAUCUGAGCAAAGGCCAACAAGCUAGAAUAAAUCUAGCACGAGCUUUAUACAGAAAGAGCGACAUAUACUUACUGGAUGAUUGUCUUGCUUCUCUAGAUGGUAAUGUAAGUGACAGCGUUUUCCAAAAAUCCAUUUGCGAGUUUCUCGAGGACAAGAUACGCAUUUUUGUGACCAGUAGCACCGAUUAUGCACAAAGGGCAGAUAAAGUCAUUGUUGUGAAUUCGAAAUGUGUUAAAUUCGGCGACGAUGUCGACAAGACUCAAGUUUCAUAUAGAUUUGACAACAUAGAUGGAUCUGCUAGGUUAAAUUCAACAGAAACUCAUGAAGAGGAUUCUUUGGAAAAACAAAUCUACCACGAGGAGAAAAAGUCUGGAGUAGUUCCUCUGAAUGAUUAUCUCACCUACGUAAAACAUGGUGGAGGUCCUAUACUGUUUACUUUGAUAGUGUCCCUUUUUGUUUUGAGCCAAUAUGCGACUAGCUACAGCGACAAACUUUUGAGUACUUGGAUUACUCUAGAACAAAAUUUAACAAAUUUGAAAGAACUAAAUGAAACUGAUAAUCUAGAGUAUGGUAAUCUUUACAUAGAGAGACAACAUGAAUUGGGACUUUAUACUACAAUGGUCCUUACGUCUAUUCUGUUCGUUGUGAUCAGGUCCUUUUCGUCCUUCCAUUUCGUCCGAAUGGCUUCUAUCAGCAUCCAUAAAGCCAUGGUUCGCAAUAUCAUGAACAGCACCAUGAAAUUUUUUGAUACAUUUUUUAUUGGCAAUGUUUUAAAUCGGUUUACUAAGGAUUUUGUGACCGUGGAUGAAACUUUGCCUUUUGUGGCUAUGAAUUGCUUUACGUUAAUUUUUACUGUGUCCGGAGGAAUAAUCCUUCUAACUACAGUUAAUUACAUAUUUCUAAUCGAAAGUCUUUUCUUUUUGGUAGCUGCGUGCUUAAUAAAACAAUUUUGUCAACCUACGGGUCGCAAUUUGGAACGACUUCAUAUGAUCUCAAGAAGUCCUCUAACCGGUCACCUUAAUUCAACUUUGGAAGGUCUGAUAACAAUAAGAUCCAGCAAUGCUCAGGAAAUCGUUACAAACGAGUUUGACAGACACCAGGAUCUUUUCACUUCUGCGCUUUUCAUGGUAAUCAGCAAUUUUGCAGGUCUGGCUAUUUUCCUAGAAUAUAUUUCCAUAGUUUUCACCAGUCUGAUAAUUUUCCAGUUACUACUAACAGACACUGGCUCUAGCAUUGGUGAUGUUGGACUAGCCAUAACCCAGGCAUUCUCCAUCACCGGCAUAAUCACAUCAGGAAUCACCAGUAUCGCAGACUGUGAAAACCUAAUGGUUUCAGUCGAAAGAGUUCUGGAAUUUACGAAACUAGAAGAGGAGGAUAAAUCUGGAAAAAAUUUGAGCAGUUGGCCAAAACUUGGUUCCAUCAGUUUCAACGACGUUGCUCUAACUUACAACGACACCAAGAUGUUAAGAAACAUCAAUUUUGACGUAAACGCGAAAGAGAAAGUUGGUAUUAUCGGUCGAACUGGCGCUGGAAAAUCCUCAAUAAUCACAAGCCUAUUUCGCAUUUACCAGACACAAGGAAAAAUCGCCAUAGAUGAAGUCGAUAUUAACCACGUUUCUUUAAAGUGGCUUCGAUCAAACAUUUCACUCAUCCCUCAAGACCCUUACUUGUUUCCAGGAAGCAUACGAGAAAAUUUAGAUCCUAUGGAGCAAUAUUCAGACGAAGAGAUAUGGAAAGUCCUAAAGGAACUACAUCUAGAUGCUGUAAUUAAAGAGUUGGGUACUAGAAUCGACAAAGGAACUACUUUCAGUACUGGUCAGAAGCAGCUGUUGUGUUUUGCACGUGCGAUCCUUCGCAAGAACAAGAUCGUGAUUCUGGAUGAAGUGACAGCCAAUGUUGAUAAAGAAACAGAAGUGUUGAUUGAAGAAAUAGUUCAAAAACAAUUUAAAGAGUGUACUAUGUUAAUUGUUGCUCAUAAAUCGUUAGCUGUUUUAAAUUGUACCAAAAUAAUGGUGCUGAGUUCUGGUAGGAUAAGCGAAUUUGAUGAACCGAAUAAGCUAUUCCAAAAUGAAAAGAGUUUCAUUCAUUAUAUCAAUUAGUAGGUUGUUACUUACUUAGCUUGGAUGAUACAUGUCGUGUUUUAGAUUUUAUUUUUUUAAUUUAUGUUUUGUUUAAAUAAUUUAUCUAAAUAAACUCUACUGCCUCAUCGUUGCAAAACAAUGUUCAUAAUACCCACUAAGUGUAAAUAAACUAUGAGACAAAAGCGUGUAAACUAAACUCUAUCUUCUCUGCAAUAAAUUAUAUUUUUGAUCGUAAA